AUGGCGAUGACACUGGAUCCUUACGAACAACAAUAUCAGCAGUACUUUGGUACAGCUGCCAACGGAAGCUCAAAAGUCAAUAUCAAACAAAAUGAAGAUUCACAGACACAACAAACACCCGUCAAUGAUCCGCUGCAGGCAUCCGACACAGCAGCAGUCAUCGACCCAUACCAAAGUCAAUUGGAUCAGUACAGUGGGCAGCUCGCCUCACCAGCGACUGCUUUACCACAAGGACAGACGGGACUACAGCUUCAGUUGCAACAGCCAUCCGAUUCGAAUCCACCAAGUAUGAAUAGUUGGGACAGCGCUUCAUCUAGUAGUACUACAACAACAAUGGAUCCCUAUGAACUUCAAUACCAACAAUUGUGCAGUCAGGUUUCCGCCUACCCUUCCGCCUACUCUUCAGAAUCGCCAGUGCCGUCAAAUUCAGCGAGUCCAACGAAUGGUGCUGGCUACCCCAGUCAACAACAGCCGAAGCAGCAAGAGAUUGCCAUUCCAGUACCAGAGCCAGCACCCGUAGUCCAAUCCAAACAGGAAGAAGACGACGAGGAGGAAGGUCUGGAAGACAAGUUUCUAAGAAUGGUUUCCAGCGAAGUCGCGUACAAAAAGCUCAAGGGAGAGAAUCCAUAUGCCUUGACGGACAUUGAUGUUUCCCUUUUGAUUCAACGCUUUCUCGAUAAUAUUGAAGAUUCCACACAAAAGAACAAUGGGAAGACCAAGGGACAAUCCAAAUUGAAGGGGAAAACGUCCCCAAAGAAAGGACGAAAGAAAAUUGUGGUUCUGGGUACAGGCUGGGCGGCGCAUGCCUUCAUCAAGCUAGCCAGUACUUACGAUCUUCGAGUCGUUGUGGUCUCACCCGUCAAUCAUUUUGUUUUUACUCCAAUGUUGGCCUCCGCAGCCGUUGGGACGGUAGAAUACCGUAGUAUGACGGAACCCAUUCGCGUAACCAACCCACAUAUUGAUAAUUUUGUGGAAGGAAGAGCCAUUGGUGUUGACGUUGUCAACCGCAAGAUUGCCGUCCAAUUGACAAAGUUAUCAACCGUUACGAAUACAUUCAAGGGACUUGCAUCCGAUGCGCCAUCCCGAUUGGACCCAGAACCAGUUCUCACUAACAUUAUGUAUGAUGAGGAAACUAACGUGAUUCAAAGGGAUGCUGCUAUCCAAGGUGCCGGGGAUGUUAUUGAAUUGAACUAUGACCAUUUGAUUUGUGCCGUUGGAACUGGUGCCAGAAGCAGUAUUGUGCCUGGGGCCAAAGAUUAUUGUUUCAACUUGAAGACAUCCCAGGAUUCCAAGCGCCUCCGAACAGCGAUUGGUGAAGCUCUCGAGUUUGCUAGUCGGCCAGAUGUUCAAGAGUAUUACUACGCCAAUGAAGAGGAUAAGAUGAUUGCGAAGAAUGAGCGACAGCGUCGAGUAAGAAUAGCUAUUGUGGGGGGUGGUCCAACUGGAGUUGAGUUGGCUGGUGAAAUGAGUGACUUUUUUGAGCAAGUCUGUCGACCGUCAGAUGGCGCCUUUCAGCUCUUGAAGGACGACAUUUCGAUCAUGCUGAUCCAUGGUGGUGCGGAACUCCUUCCGGCAAUGGACCAGGAACUUCGCAACAGGGCAUUGGUUGCACUGGAUGAACAAGGAAUUGACUUGCGACUCAAUAGUAGGCUCAAAGAAGUUGGUAGGGACUUUGUUAAGAUCUUUGAAAAAUCGAGCGGAGAGGAAGAAACCAUUCCUGUUGGUCUGACCAUCUGGGCUGCAGGAAAUGCACCAUUACCAUUUGUUGCCGAGCUUCUAUCGCAGCUACCGGAAAGUGCAGCUGGACCCGGUGGUCGAAUCAAUGUGGAUGAAUGGUUGCGAUGUCCCACUCCAUCAGAAGAUAGUUUUGGCUCUGUCCUGGCACUUGGGGACAUUGCCUGUCUCGAAGCACAAGGCAAAUACGACAUUGAGGCCAAAGCACUACCGCAGACGGCUCAAGUGGCGGGUCAACAAGGCGCUUUUGCUGCUCGCUUGCUGAAUCGAGGAUACGAUUUGCAGCAAACUCCACCCGUAUUGCCCGAACUCACUGCAGAGGAAGGGUAUUCCAUUCUUCGACUUUGGCUCAUAGCUCGGGGAUUGGACGAAGCUCCUGGCUUUGCUUUCCUCUCACUUGGAUUGCUGGCAUAUGUCGGUCAAGAAGAAGCAUUGAACCAAGUCACUAUCGGCGAUGUUCCAUUGUUCAACUACUCUGGGAAAAUCGCUUACGCUUUGUGGAGAUCUGUCUACCUUGCCAAGCAGGCCUCGACACGAAACCAAGCGCUGAUUGUUUUUGAUUGGCUACGAACAGAAGCUUUUGGUCGUGACAUUACACGACUCUAG